AUGCCAGCAGCAACACCGAUGAAAGUACUGCCUGGUACCAAAUACGGCCCAGCUAUUGCAGUGGUCGCUUCCUUGUCCGCAGUAGGCGCCUAUGUAAAAUGGCAACUCGGGACUUCAUCUCGCACCUACGAUCGGAUGUUUGCGCAAUAUCAGAGUGCCCAGAGUGAGGCAUCGCGACAGAGGGUGUUUGAAGAUCAGGGCAGCGCCGACCCGCGGCGAAGCGUCUUCAACGUCUUAAGUUGGGGCAAGUGA